CAAAAUUACUCAGAUCUCGGUAAAGAGAGCAACCGAUAUUUCGUUUCUGUGACCUCCAGCCAUUGAAUCUUACUUCUUACUCUUAGGCUUAGAAUGACAACAAUGGCGGGUGCACAAGAUAUCACGUUAAUAAAAAAAUUGUUCACACGUCUCACAAAGAACUGGUUAGUAUUAAUCAUAUUAUACAUAAAUUAGUAUUCAACUAUAUUUGCUCCCGCGAACUUAUGUCAUAAAUUUAUCCCUAAGCCUAAACUAAACUUAAACCUAACCUGAACCCUAAAUCUAUCCCCUAAACUCAACCCAGCCCGAACCCUUAACUUAUCCCCCCCCCCCCCUAAUCUGGGUUUUGACCCUAUCGGAACCAGGGUUUUGACCCUAUUGGAACCAGGGACAAAACACGCAAAUGACAUCAGGGUGCUUUCUCUUCAUAUUAGCCAAAAUUUGAUCUACACUCUUUCUUAGCAAGUGAUGACGCUGACAGCUAGCUUAAUAGACGUUAUAGACAUAACAGUUAAAACAUUAUCUUCAUUAUUAAAAAUAAUUAGCUACUACAUUUGUAAUAAACUAGCGAUUUAUUUACUUUAUAAUUUAUACACUUCACUGCGCAAUAUUAUGCGCCACGAAAUUUACUUGAAUGGCGGUACUAAGUUGGUAAAUUUUGAGUUAAACGGUAUGGGUUUUGCCAAGAGUUUUCUCACCUAAGCGCAGCAACGUCACAUUGGGGAAUCCCAACACUGGAGUAGGUGAAUAGAUCUAUUCUUUGAAGGACCCAAACGAUGUGUGUUAUAACAUUCCUGUUCUUUGUCUUUAUUGAGCAUUACUCGCGUCAUAAAUGAUACAGUUAAUAUUAAUAUGAAGUAUAGUAGAAAUUUUCCAUUAAUUUGUAUUAAAAUUCAACUUACACCUUUCAAAAGAAAGGAAAAAAGAAACACAUUCUUGCUGAUACCCCAAGACCCAACACCUGUGAAAAAAAAGAAGCCCACCAAAAUUGCUGUAUUUUGAUUAUUUAAAAUCAAAAUACCCAUAUGUUGAAACUUAGUUAACAAAAGGAAGACUACUGCUUAAAUUGCAUUUGGAAUGAUCAUCUAGGAACUGGGGAGGGGAGACCCCCUCCCCUCACUCCCCUCCCCUCACUUUACAUACAAAAAUAAGAAACAUUGAAAUUCUCUGGGGAGGGAGUACCCCUCCCCAAUUUAACAAAAAAUAUAAAAUAAGAAAACAAUAACUUGCAUUAUGUAAAUACAAACAUCGAAAUCUUUUUAGUAUGGCACUGUAGAUGGUGCUGUAACUGUAGAUGGAAAUGGACCUGGGGGAACCUCCGUGACCUAUAUACCGUGAAACAAAUCGUCAGUCUUACUGCUAACUCAAAACCAGCCACUAAGAACAACUAAGUUUAAUUUAGAUCCAUUAACCCAUGCAGGAGCCUUUGUUUGGAAUUAUAAUUAUACAUCUCAUAUAAUAAAAAAAAAAUAAUAAUUAUUGGCCCCUAUCCCAAAAUGGAGCAUCUAAGUAAGUUCACCCGACCCCCUCCUUUUUCUUUUCUUCCAGUAUUUCAUUCUUUUUUGUAAACAUGCCUACAGUUGGAAAAUUUCAUUUAGCAUACUAAUAGGUAUUUAAAAAUCUGGACAAGAGGGGAAAAAAAAAAUGGGCUAUGUCACUUUGGUUGGGGGGUGUUUAAAGAUGCUUUAGAAAUAAAAGAAAAAGUGAAAAAAAGUGCUCUAUAAAUCGGUAUUAUUUAACUAUUACUGCCUGUAUUUAAUUAUAAAGAAUACAUGUAAGUUAACAUGAGAAAAUACCAAAUACGCUAAGAAAUAAUAUACUAUCUACGCACCUAAACUGCACUUUUACCCAAAUUUUAAAAUGGAAUGGCUCAAUGAAUUUGUGCAUGCUGCACUACUAGUACCAGAUUCGUCUUUAGAGCUGACUGUCAAGCUGGGUGAUAUUUUAAAUUAUUGUGAAAUUGAAGAUGAUGAUGUCUGUAAAAUGGGCUUCAAAGCUAAUGAAGGUGGUGAAUUCUCCAUAGGGAAAAGGUGGGAGGCUGCAUUAUAUUAAACCACAUAUGAAUAUCAAGCAAAAAAUACACACAGAUGUUGUAUCGGUACAGAGACUUCAGUCAGGAGAUGUAUUGCGAAUGCAUACAUUUAAAAACGGGAUCCCAAUCGGGAUCAGGAUCCCCCAUUUGGAAACAGGGUCUCGGUCGGGUUUUAAGUUCAUUCUACAAUUUAUCAAAUUUUUUUAUGUGAAUAGUGGUAAUAAUUGAAUAUUUCAUAAGUAUUGGCAUCUUCCGCCAUGAAAAAGGUGGCAUUAUUAAAAUGGGGCAGGUGACCUUAUGUUAAUGCAGGUUAUUUAGAUGUGCAUAACUAAUGGCUAAUGGCUGACAUAUCCUGGCUCACGUAUACAUCAAUUACAAUAUAUUACAGAGGAAGAAUUAAUAUGAAAGACAUAAUCAUAUACCGGUAUUUUGAAAUCGUUUAAAAAUUUGGAGGGAAAGAUGCCUUAUAAAUAGCUAUGAAUUUCUAAUAUUGGGGUCGAUUGAAAAGUAAAAAAAUUAUGAUGGAUAUGUAGGUCAAGAUGUCCACUACUGUAAAUUUGUGGAUGAAUACCACAAUUUUAUAACAAAAUAGUCCUUUCAUCAAUGAAAAAGCACCAAGGUCCAAAAAAGUAAAAACUUCGAUGUUUCUUCGCCGAUUCCAUACCUGUUACCUGUACAAAUUUUGAAGUAGUCACCCUUUGCCUUACCGAAGUGCCUACUCCCAGUGUCCACCUAAGUCAAAGUUUACAAAUAAAGCAUUUUUGUGUGUGGGUUGGUGGUGGUGUUCAUCUGGGAUUAAUCAUUAAAUCUGGCUAUGACAUAUUCUGUUUAUGCAUGAUCUGCCCCUAUCUCUACCUUGGUUCUGGAGCAAUGUUCCCUUUAGCUGCGUGGCUGCGCAGCUAUAUCACACACGCCGCGCAUUAGUUUUGAGUAUCCACGCAGCAAAUUUCCAUGCAAGUUUGUGUUUGUGGGCUGUAAAAUUUUGCACACAAAAAAAUGAUGCUGUAAAACUUUGCACACAACUGUAUAAUUUUGCACACGAAGCAACAAACCUUAGAGGGAACAUUGGUCUGUAGUGAGCUUUUCCUUGUUUCAAUCUAACAUGCAAAGCUAGAUGGAAUUUCAUAUUUUGAAAGGUUUUUAAAUGUUAGUAUUAGCAUAUAAUGUAUUAAUUGAGUUACCAUACUUAUUGUCUAUGCCAACUUACAAAAUGAGUGGUGGAACGCACAUAAAAAUAAAAAAGAUUGUUACCUCACACCGUUGCGAAAAGAUUUAAGGAUUCAGGCUAGGUUUAUGUAUUGAUAAGUUAGGGUGGGAGUAUCUGCUUGUCAUUGACACAUCUUGUGACAUAUCUGAGGUAUACAAUUAAGUUGAUAUGUUCACCACAAACCAAAUGUACCGGGAUACCCCUGACAUUGAUUAAAUUUUAGCAUUUUGGGAAAGGUUUACACUGUUUUUUUAAAACAUAUUAUUGGUACCGUACUUGUACCGAAUUUUGAAAUUCAGUGAUUUCACUUCUUUUCUUUCUUUUACAACUUUUACUUAAAUUUUAUCAUUUUUUGUCCUGUGUGGUUCACAUCGUGUCAUUUAACAUUUUUCGUUGUUGAAAAAUAAUCCAUCCUUAUCAUUUUCCUUAUUUUUCUGUCUGUGUAGGUUGAAAAACAUCUCUUUCUCCCUUAGCAGUAUUAACACUCUAUCUUUUCCAUGUGUGAAGCACUAAUUUUAAAAGAAAAGACUUGGUGUGCCUCAGUGAAAAAAGUAGUGCUAAACACUGGGAAUGGGGAAAAAUCUGUAGCCCGGCUUGUCUGAUUUUGCGACAGUGUAUGAUUUAAUUAAAAAUAAAUUUUCUAAAGACUGUGUUUAAAAUGGUAUUUAAGUGAUUUUGUUUUCAUUCAUUUCCAAAAUACCAUAACACUAUCAAAACCAAUGAAGAUAAAUAAAAUGAUAAUCCGAUUUAUCAUGUGCUAAAAAAAUUGAAUUAAAAUCCCCACUGAGCACCAAAUCUCCUAAAGCAGAGGUAGUUGGAAGGCUGCUUUCAAUUAUCUGUAAUAAUAAAAUAAGGCUGCUUAAACAAAAUUCAUACAAAAAAUUACAAAUACUGUACCUACAUAAACUUUUAUGUUGUUAUUCUGACUAAUUUUUAGGGGCCCUUCAGUUGCUGUUUAUGCAGCAACACUCACAGUGGUAGGCAUCUACAUUACAGAUUGGAAAGUGGUUGCCACUAAGAUACCAUUUUAUGGAAAAAAGUUUGAAGAAGAAAGCAACAUUUAGGUAAAUUUAAGUUCCCAAGUUCUUUAUUUGAAUGAUGAUUUUUGUUACUAUUUCUAGGGCCUAAAUCAGUGAUAGUCAUAAGUUUGGCUCACAACAUGUUAGUAUUAUUAGCAUAAGUGCAAUUAAGGGCUACAAUCUUGUAAAAUAAGUUCUAAUCUUUUCUUGCUUAGUGCUGGAAGCUGAAUUUGUGUAGAUUAACAUUUAUUAUUACCAUAUGGUAUCGUUAUGUAUAAGUGGUAUAAAUAAUGCAUUUUAAUCAUUAUUAUUUUUUUUUUUCAGAUUUGCAAGAUUAACAUGUUUAGGAUAUUAAUAUUAAUUUAAGAACAGUGAUGAACUAAUUGGUUCAUUUUGAAUUGAAUGAAUGGGUUUAAUUUUUUUUAGUUGACUUUUGUACAAGGCUUUAAUUUGAUUGAUGAGAAAAAGUGUUAUGACUGAAACUUCGUCAGCUGGUAACAAAUAAAAAGUUGCAUCAUUAAUCCAUUUCAAGUUUUCUUAAAGUUAUUUUCAUUCUCAAAUUAUCUGUUUUUUUAUAUAUGAU